CAACUUCUGGAGCGAGCGUUUGGAUUAUUCUUACCUUGAAUAUCCCCAAAAAGUAGUUGCGAGCUUUACUUGAAGGCAUUUAUGUAAAAUAUUCACUUGAUUUACAACCCAUGUUGCCGACGUGGAUUCAUUAUUCGUACUCAACAUUAAAGAAUGGUUCUUUAUGCGCUUCCAUCAAGAUACUACUCAGACACUCACGCCUUAUAACGCCUAAUACGAAUUAAUUCAAUAUGGCCGCUGUAUCGGUAAAAAGGUCUAUUGGGAUGAUUUGUGAACUGAAUGUACAUGUUUUCUAGCCCUAGUUUUGCGUUGUUGAGCAGCGUUAUUUAUUUCACGCGUACACUUGGGCCCCCUUAUUUGGCCCCGGUUUAAAUGCGCGAGAUCAAAACUCUUGAGCUAAAUUGGGUUAAAAGCCGAACUUUCUAUAGGAGUUUAACUCGCUGCAUUGAGUUUGGGUCGACCUAAAUUGUCUAGUCAAAUUCUUAUCAUGUGUAGUACGGCUUCCCGUCGGGAUAACUCCUUGCUAGCACUUUCGUGUUUACAAAAGGGGUAGUUACUCGUAGUCAUUCAUUUUUGUAUGCAUAUUUUUUAGAUGUCUUUGAGUGAAGGCUUUUAAAAGCUUAAUGUUCUUCACGGAAGUGCUAAUUUAAAUGUUUGCGGGUGUCUAAAUUUUCGGAAUAAACACCUAAUCUAACCCCCGUGGCCGCUUUCUGAAACCCAAACUGAAACCAUGAGUACAAUACAAAACAAAUUGCAUGCUGUGUUUUUUUUCUUUUUUCUUUCGUUUUGUUUUGUGUGGUAAAUUUAUGCCAUUUAAAAACCGAUAUCAUUUAAAGUCCAAUCUACUUGUCACUCAUUCUUUAAUUUAUAUCACUUCGACUUAUUUAAAGAAAUAUAAUGGUUUUAUCCAUGGUUCACUACAAACUGAGACUUUUGUUUGACCCUUCUCUUUCGACCAAAUUGACAACCGGCUAUCUUCUCUUAAUUUUAAGUGAAAUACUUUUUAAUUCAACUCUUUUCUUCAAAACACUUGCCAGCUGCCGACCUUUCUUGAUUACUAUGUUUACACGUUAUAUUUUCUUUUAUGCAUAGGACGAAUCUUUUAUCUUUAGCCUAAUUAUACGAACGUCAUCCUUCAAUGCAGUGGAAUGAUAUGUCACAUUUCUAGAAAAAAUUGUCAAAAAACCAUCCGCUCACUUUCCGUCCAAACAAAUUUCAAACAAUAAGCGUUGUAUCCGUGAUAUAUUUCUGCCCAGUCGCAUUAAAAACUACGUGUUUAAUAUUUUCUUUUCGAUGUUAAUUAAAUAGGACAAUCCAGUAUUAUAAAUGCUAAAACAAAAGGUUUUUUUCUUGAUUAAAAUAAUUAAAUGGCUUGUGAUGUCCAGGUUUGCCUGAUUUGUAAAUACUUUCAGAGCCACCUAAUAUUAAACGAAACUAAUUGCUGAUUUAGCCCUUGGAUUUCUUGGCACCUUUUUCCACCUUAUUAGACAAUUAUAGAAAUCCUUGGACAGGAUCGACAUGGCAAUUUUCGCAGUCUUCAACCAUAUUUGCGGUAAAUAUUAUGUUAUGUGCAUAAAACACAAUUUCGCUAUUGUUGAGAGUUUUAUUGAAGGCGGAGUGAGAUACGGUUUUAAGAAUGCAAAUUGUAAUGCUCUACCAUAAAAGUACACAACCUGUGUUAAUUUCCGUCUUUUAACUAGAAGUAGACGCCUUUGUGGCUCCUAGUCGACGAUAAAAGUCGAAUUCACAAUUCUAAAAGGAACCUAUUUUUACUUGAAUGUUUUGGUCAAGAUCAGCGUAAGAGUCUCGCUAAUUGGGGUCGAAGAGUUAUAUAUUUGUUUGCCAGCGACUUUUCUUUCCCGAGAGGGAUAUUCUAACGAGGGGCGAAGCACUCGGCUGGCGAAAAAUUAAAAAAAAAACCUUAUAGAAAGGCAAAAAUAGCCUUUUCUAGAAAUGAGGUGACGAGAUCAAGAAUAACGGAGGUAGAAGGAAAAAUACGCGCACUAUCGGCGAGCUGGAUAUUUCCUAUCUACACAAGUCCAGAAAAAAGGUCGCCGCGAGAAUUUCCGAGGUCUCAACUUUAUCUACAAGCACGUCCAGAUCAAAAUAGAUUCAAGAUUAUAAGUUGUCUGCUCGUCAUUGCCUCUUUUGUUGUGAUCGACUACCUGUUGGCGGGGUUUCUUCAAUACACUCUGUUUGAAAAUCUUGGCUUCAAGUUCACUUCAUCAAAAUUAAAUCCAGAAGUUCUUCAUAGUCAAAAUCUCUAUUAGUAACAAGAACAUUACAAAGGCGACACUUUGGCGACGCUUCGGCUCUAGAAAAGUCGUCGUUCCCUGAACUGAACUGAACUGAAGGGGGCGCGCUUGCGUUUAUUUCUAAACGAACCAGUGAAGUCCCGUGCAAACCGAGCAGUCGAGCUGGAGAAUCCAGCGAUAUUUUGUUGACCCAAGUGGAAAGAAAAGCACGGUAUUUCUUAGAAAUUGAAAGUUCGGUAGGUUAUAUUUUGCUAUCUUUGGCAAAAUUAUACUACAGGAAAGAAGUAUUUUGUGUUGAUUCAUGGAUACAAACAUUUCGGACUCUUCAUCACCUGACGCAUGGAGUGAUCUAACCACUCCGACAAUGAAAUGGUUCUUCCGCCUCUUUUUCUCCGCAAUCUUGUUCGUCGGUUUGUUUGGGAAUGGUGCUGUUUGCCUUGUCAUUGCCCUGAAGCAACGUUUACGGACAACAGCGAACCUGUUAGUGCUAAACCUCUCGGCUUCUGAUUUCGUUUUUAUAUCACUCUACACUCCAACGCAGCUCUCCUUUUUCGAGCACAAUUACAGCUGGGAGAUGGGCGAUGCCAUUUGCAAACUCAGCUACACGGUCUUGCCAGCCUGUCUGUCCUCUACCGUGGGUACCCUGUUGUGUAUUGCUUUCCUUCGCUAUAAAGCAGUAGCCGACCCCUUUCGUGUUCGUUUUGGAUUGACUUACAGGACAACUGCGCUCGUCAUAACCGUUAUAUGGCUGUUAUCUUUACUGUCUGGACUCCCUGUACUUCUGGUCGCCAAAACUGUACCUUACAAAGACAAGACAUUUUGCGACGAGUUAUGGCCAGUCGGCAAACCUUACAGAGAGAUUUACUGGGUGUCCAUUUUUCUCAUCCAGUACGCUAUUCCAUUGUUGAUCAUUCUGUUUUUGUCCAUUGGGACAGUUAUCAAAGUGAAGAACAGUCGUGCGCGCAUCUUACCAACUACCUCCACCGCUCAUAAUCCAGACACAUCCGUACCAAGUGCUUUGAACGCAAGUGUACGACAGCGACGAAGACAGGAGAGCAAUAUGUCGAGAGUUUUAACUUGUCUGGUGAUUUUGUACGCCAUAUGCAUGCUUCCACAACACGUUGUGUUUUUCUGGUGGACGUAUGGUGAUUUGCUGAAGCAGAAAUACUCUUUAUACAUUUUCACCACAGCCAAUAUCUUCCCCAUCGCCAACAGCGCCUUAAAUUCUCUUAUCUACGGAAGCUUACACAAGGAGCUGAAAAAUGGCCUGAAAAACUGUCUAAAAUGUUCUUGAAAGCGAUAGCUCCGUUAACUUUUAACUGUAUGUUAAGAAGUUUUAAUAGUCAAAGGAAAUAAUGUUGUCAUUGUCAAGACCGUCAAAGAUAUUAUAGAUAAGUAUUCAAGAUGAAUUCACUACAGUGGAACCCCGCCUUACGACCACCCCGUUUAUAAGACCACCUCGUUAUUACGGCCAUAUUCUUUCAAACCAAACGUAACAACCAUUGAGUCAUUUUAUUAUUUUGAAGACCCCGUUAAUGCGACCACCUCGUUAUUACGACCAGGAUUUUAUGGCCCAACGGUGGUCGCAUUAACGGGGUUCGACUGUACUUCUCUUCACUAAAGGUUUCAUGGAUAAACGAGACAAGAAAAUGGAGUUUCUAUUUCGAGAUCAAGAGCAAACAACAGAGCUAGAAAUGUUCAGUUUCAAAUGGAGCAAAACCGCUCAAUAAUGUGUAGGCUUAAUUUAGACGGUAUUUUUAUCAUAACAUUCUUUUGAACAAAGAUCAGUGUCUCUCUCUUAAGCUGCUUUACUCGGCUGUACUUUUGGCCAAUCCCUAAGACAUAUACAAUCUAAUCAGCCAAUCAGAAUCGCGAACUAUUUUUUUGUACCCGGUGCAAAGCGCGGGAAAAGGCAUGCUGGCGAGUGGCGAGCUAGUCAGAAUAUUAGUUUUGGUUUUACUCCUGACUGGCGAGAAAAAAUGUGGUUGCAAACCAAGAACAUCCACCUUUUACCUACAUUUAAAUGAUUAUGUAACUAUUGGACUGUUGACUAAAUAGUGCAUCUGUACUGGCUAAUGUUAGCAGUAAAGUUUUUCCCUCGUUAUACCUAUUUUUAGAAAGGUAAAAGAGUAGCGUAGUGAUUGUCAACAAUUUUAUAAUGCCUUAUUGGGUAUUUUAUUUCGCGGGUACUUAAUUUCGCGAUUUUGGUGAGACAGCAUUUCGCAGGGAUUUAUUUUCUCGAUUUCAACAGCCAAAUAUGAAUAAAGGGCAUUAAAUUUUGCGAUUUCGCGUUCUGGACUUCAUUUUAGUUUUCAAAAAGUCUGAACUUUUUAAAAAUUUCUACAUAAACUAGAACAAGAAAUGUGUGAAAUCUUUGCAAAUUAACGUCAUUUCAAAACUGAAGAUUCAAAAUGGAACGUAACAGUAAAACCAGUUAACAAUUUGUGCAUUUGUCGAUGCGUAUCCUGUAUUAUGUUGUUAGUAUUACAUCUUGAUAAAUGUUACUGUGUUUUGAGUUUUCUGCAUGGGAAUUAAAUUUCGCGUGCGUAAAUUUCGAGAGGAUUUAAAUUUACGGGUCUUUAAUUUCACGGAUUUUUUACAAUCGCGAUAAAACGCGUAAUUGAAGAUCCGCGAAAUCAAGUACCUCGGUUGUUACGUUUUCUGUCUUUUCCGCUUUUUUUCUGUACUUUGUAGAACGUAGAAAGGGAAAUCAAUUAAAGACGUUUGUCACUGAAUUUAGUGUUUUGAUGGAUUGUCCCUUUUAUUUAUUUUUAAACCUUUGACUCCUAGAAACGUUAACAGUACCACUUGAAUGUCUUCCCCAUGGGAUUUCAUCGACAUGCUCAAGAGUCACUACGGAAAAAUACGACAUGUUUAUUGUAAAAAUCAAAUAGUUAGAUUACAACUUUUCAGCUUUCCGUCAUAUUUUGUCUAUCUUUGUGGUUAAAAAAGCAAAAACAAGAGAAUAGGAAAUCUGAUUAACUUCUUAACGAAGGUGGUUGAUGGAAAUCUGUUCAAGCGAAAAGAAAUAUUAUGCGUUGGCUUUUAAAACUGAAGGAUGAUAAACAAACUUUUCCAUUUUACUUUAUGCCCUGGCCUUUUUUAAAUUGAAGGAUGUCUAUAAAUACAAAAAAUCAAGUUUUCCAAAUUGUUUAUUUUUAAAACUCACUCGUACAUGAUCAGUCGUAAAACCGCGGGGAGUUCCUUGUCGCGGUAUGAUUGGCUCCUCGUCACGGUAAACAUUGAGUUUCGUUUUUCGAAACCUUUCGUUAGGGGGAACAAAACCCACCACUUUUCCUUAUGGUCACUCACUGAGUGCUUAGUGAUCGACACAAAAAUCGUACGUCGAUGAAUUCAUGAUAAAUAGAACUCAUUAAUCAAAUGCUUUUAUUGCCUAAUGUGCCUAUUCAUUUUGUCUUCUUUCGUUAUGUUCAAUUUUAUUUGCUCUCCUUCUUUUUUAUGACAGUGAAUUAUUUGUGAUGUGGAAGACUUUGUGGUGUUUUAGUUCGUGGGAGAUUUAUGCACUUCAUUUGUCGCUUGUAAACAGCAGGGAAGAGGUAAUCUAACGAGAUAUUAUCCUUCAUUUUAUGCAAAAUUACAAGUACAUCUACACUAAUGCGGCUGGAGGCUUACAUCACCAGAGUAUUUUUUUAAUAUUUAUUUAUUUUGAAAAUAGGGUAGUUAUUAUUAAUCUCGUUCCCAGAGUCCGCGUUUCCCCGUUCCCCGUUCCUCUUGACAAGGGUAACACACACUCUGGGAAUUAGUUUGAGUUAUCUGCUUUAACUCGAAGGGUAGGUACGGUGCGUGCGCAGCAAAGUGGCCGCUCGCGGUCUAUUGGUGUUAAGGUUAUUUUGCUUCCGCCCUUAUUCCUCGCGGCUUCGCCGCUCGCCCCUUUCGCGUGCUCUCGAUCUACUGUGAUUCAAAACAAAAACAAGAGGCUGCUCGCAGUCUAUAACACCAAUAGCCCAAUUCAAAGUUAGGAUGAAAACGAGGCUACAGUUGACCUUGUUUUGACAUAACCCUUCCUGCGCGCUUUCUUUUGUAAAUCAUGUUGUUCAUAUGCAAACUGUUAAACCUGGACCUCUUUCAUAAUGUCAGCCCAUUGAUAGAUUCUUUUGUUUGUAUGAUAAUUAGCCUCUCUGAUCUCGUUAGCGUUGUGCAAAAUACAAAAAAAUUCUUACCUUCAAACGAGGCAAGAAAGGCUCAUUUAUACACAUGUGAGAGAAUAAAUAAAUGGGCCGUUAUUAUGAAAGAGGUCUAUAAUUUGCAAAAGGAACUAGAUGAGGUUUGUUUCAAAACACGAACAAGGUCAACCUCAGCCUCACAUUCAAUCAAAAGCGAGGCUACCUAGCCAACAACCGCAAUAUGGUCCAUUUUUUAAUCAGGUUCUAGAAAGCUGCAUAAAUAUACUCUGUUGGUUUCACGUUCCACCA